AUGGUAUUAAAUUCAAUUGAAAAAUCACAAAUAAAAUAUCAAAAUUAUACAGAUCAACGAUCAAUUAUUAUUCAUUCACAAGUUGUUCAAAUAGAUCAACUUCAUAAGUAUAAAAUAUUAAAUAUUAUUCCAAGUUUUUUCGAAGCACAUACAUUUUAUUGGGGUGAUUGGCAUCGAACAGAAAUAUUAGGUAAACAGCGAGCAAAAUUUAUUAGUCCAUUACGUUAUGUUUAUGAUAAACAAAUGCGUUUUAGUAUUCAUAGUGAUGCGCCAAUUAUUCCACCAGGUCAUAUGUUUCUUAUUUGGGCUGCAGUUAAUCGACAAACACGUUCUGGUAUUAUUCUUGGUGAAGAUCAAUGUAUUACAGCAUUUGAGGCACUGAAAGCAUGUACAAUAAAUGCAGCAUAUCAAUAUUUUGAAGAAAAUAUAAAAGGAUCUAUUACAUUGAAUAAAUAUGCUGAUUUAACCAUUUUGUCAGAAAAUUCAAUAAAAGUUGACUCGAAUAAAAUAAAAGACAUAGUUGUGUUACAAACAAUAAAAGAAGGUAAAACAAUAUUUUUAAAAGAAACAAAUUAUGCUUCAAAGUAUUCUUUUACAGUUGUUAUUCUUUUGAGUUGUUUAGUAUCAUACAUAAUAUUAAUAUUAUUUUUUAGAAAAGAAUGA